GAUUUGCGAAACAAGAUAAGAUAAAAUUUAUGUUUUUGUCUAUUAUAUACCAAACAACAGUAUAGUCGAACUGAGAAGAGAGUUCCUCAUGUGCUCUUGUACGCUCGCGCAGUAGCGAAAAACGUGGUAGAAAGGGUAAGAAAUCAGUGGUUGAGAGCCCGAAAGCAUCGAAGCAACUAAGGAACUUUUUUCUCAGUUCGACUAUAAUUUCCAAUAGAAUUGAUCUUUUACAGAAAAGAAACGAUUUAGUUAUAAACAUAAGUGCGAUUCAAAGUGUUUUUUUUUUCACAAAUAUUACAUGCAAAUGGUUACAAUUCAAGUAUUGUUAAUGACAUUUGCACGGAUGUAGAUGAAAACAUUGGAUAAACAUCUGUAUUUCUUAGAAAAUAUUAGUAUGCAGAGAGAAAACAACAGACUAAAAAGAGAAUUGAUGAGCUUAACUAAAACUCCACCUGAAGGGAUUGCAUGUUAUCAAAAAGAUGAUAAUUUAAAUCAUUUAAUUACUACAAUCAUGGGGCCUAAAGACAGUCCAUACGAAGGUGGAUUAUUUAAGCUUGAUGUAAAAAUUGAAGAUUCUUAUCCUUUCGAACCACCAAGAAUUAAGUUUAUAACACCUGUUUAUCAUCCUAACAUUGAUACGUCAGGCAGAAUUUGUAUGGAUUUAUUAAAAAUGCCUCCAAAAGGUGGAUGGAAUCCAACAUUGACAUUAGAGAAUAUUUUUGUUGCUGUACAAUUACUUUUAAGCCAUCCAAAUCCUGAUGAUCCAGUCAUGCCUAAUAUUGCUAAUGAAUAUCGUUUUGAGAAGUGUGAAUUUGAAAAAAAGGCGCGUAAACAUACACAAGAAUAUGCCAAUUAGACAAUAUAGAGGUUUUAUAAUUUUUAUCCAGUAUUAUCUCAAUUUUAUUAUGCAACAAAAAACCAUAUUUCUUACUUUAAAUACAUUCAUUAUAAUUAAGUAAUGCCGAGAAUCUCAUAAUGUAAGAUAUAUUGUGGUAUUAAAAAAAAUUGUCAAUUAA